GUUUCUAAGCAGCAAAUGUAAACACUGGGAAACUGAGGCUCUGCAGUUCUAAUGGCAAUUUUGCAUUUAGGUACCUAAAUUCAGUAUUACGUUUAAUUCAGAGAGCACACAAGAAGUCAUCGAGUAUUUGAAAAUAUUUACAGCAUUGGGAAAGUUAGUCAACUGCAAAUGGAGCACUUGCACUGGAGUGCAGCUGGAGAAGACCGGUCAUUUCCAAGCAAGCCUGUUAGCCACAGAAGGCCUCUUAACCCCAGGACACAAGACUCGCAUGAUGUGUACGAGUUUGAAAAAAUGGUUAUUUCAGCAAGAGACCCUUUAUCAGCAGAAGAACAUCAUUCUAAUGGCAUCAAACAGAUAACUGGAUCCCGGGAUCCCAGAAAAGACUUACAAGGACUGUCCAGUGGAGAAAUGCAGAUGGCUGAAGCAAUUCAUGCAAAACAGCUCAUGCUACAGGAGAAACUGUGGAGACUUGAGGAAAAACUAAGACAAAAAAUCCAGAGGGACAGCGCUGAUGCUGCUGCAAGUGAGGAGGAGAGACACCGCUGGGGACAAGCAGAGAGGGGAAGGGCUCAGAUGAAAACCAGGCUGUCUGAGCAGCAAAGGACAGAUCUAGUGAAAAGCAGAGAAAUGUUGAUGGAGGAUAGAAGAAAGGAGGAUAUUAAACAACAAAAGAAAAAGCAAGGGGCUGAAAUUGAUGUAAGCAUUUGGGAAGAAGCAGGUGUGAUGCCACUGGAUGUGACAGUUUCUAGUCCCUCUCACUCCACCAGACCACAGCAGGGAGAGCUGGGACUCAUGGAUAGCACAGACAUCAGCUUCCAGCUUCUUCCCUGCAGAACCUGUGGCAGAAAGUUUGCAAGUGAAAGAUUAGAAAAGCAUGUCCAAAUCUGUAAAAAAGUGAAAAAUUCACAUCGUCAAGUCUUCAACUCCUAUGCUAAUAGGACCAAGGGAUCUGCCAUGGAGGAGUUCUGGAAAACCCACACCAGAAGCAAGACUCCAGAGGUUUUACAAAAACAGAACAAAAGGCAGAACGGCAAAGCAAACACAAACAAUCUGCAUCAGGAUCAGCUACCAGCUGGGCAUGUCACUGUCAAAAGGGUCCAGAGCCUACCCAAAGGACCCAAACACUUUUGACCCUGGGCCAUGUGAAUAACAAAUCCUUGGUUGUCAGCACAUCAAGUCACUAAUGACCCUGUUGUUAUUGUCAAUAGUCUCUGAAUUGUUUAAUUUAAUCCCUAUUGAAAAAUUGUGAGGCCUUUUGUCCACAAUGUUUAAAUAUAGCCCCUUAAAAUAAAUAGAACUGUGUGAGGUAGCUUUGACUCUUUACAAGUAUAGUGUGUUACAUUAUACAGCAGCUUGCACUGUGGGAAAUAUUGAAUAUGUAUGCAUAACAAAAACAGUGGUUAGUUUUAUUUAUGGCUGUGCACAAAACUGGAAGCAGCACUGUGAUAUCUCCAUAUAAUUUAGUAAAAUGCUGUAAAAAAUGUAACCCUGUUUUAAAUGCUGUUAGCACACUAUAAAUAAAAUCACCUAAAGCAUUGUCAUAAUUACACAACUGUUAGUUCCAUAGGUUGCUAAGGCACCUUGACAUUUCAUAUUACUGCAUGGAAAUACUGCCAGUAUUACACCAAUGACAUCUAAAAGGUCAAUGAAGAGUUAACAGCUUGUACGUUAAUUAUGACAAAAGGUUUUACAUACCCACACACACAGAAAAUAUCUACAACAUACCAAUAAACAAAACCAAUGGACCUCAAACACAAAAAGUGCAUUUAGAUAUUUACUUUCACAAAUGAUGCAAAAUAUGGCACAACAUUUUAGAAUGUACCAAAGACAGAUAAAAUGUUUUAAAAUAUGCAAUAAUAAAACAAUAACAUUAUAGCUGCAAAGUCAGCUGUGUUUUAAAUGUGUUCAAGAGUAUGUUGUCCACAUUUAAAGAAAACUGUUCAAGUGCUCAUACAUGGCACAAAAAAGCUAGACCUACAUUUGAUAAACAGACAAGAAUUCAAGAGUCAAAGAAUGUGAUAAAAAAAAAAAAGUAAC